AUAUAAGUCAAAAUAUAUUUUCAUUCCAGACAUCCAGAUUCUUGCAUUUUGCUUAUAUUACGAUAGCGAAAAAAUUUAAAAUCCAGUACACUGAGCGAGGGAGUCGCGUUGUCCCAUUUCUCCGGUGGGGAAUUUUCCGGAAUUCGUGCACAUCUCUUUUUUCUGGUGCGUUACUGCGAGAAUUUGCAGAAAACUCGACACCAUGAGUGACGAAACUGCGAGAUCUUCGGUGCAAAAUAAGGAUUCAUCCAGCCAACAGCAGCGGAAACAAAAAUACAAAGUGGUUAUCAUCGGUGCCGGGAUGGCCGGGCUUUCAUCCGCCAAUCAUCUGGUUAAAAAUGGAUGCAAGGAUUUUGUGAUACUAGAAGCCCGAAACAGAGUCGGCGGAAGGAUCAUCGGCAUCGAGUUAGGAUCACAGAAGGUUGAACUUGGCGCAAACUGGAUCCAUGGUGUGCUGGGUAACCCAAUGUUUGAACUAGCCAUGCAACACGGACUCAUCAACAUAAUAAAUAUACCAAAGCCGCACAAAGUGGUCGCCGCAACUGAAGAUGGAAAACAGGUGCCCUUCCAGGUGCUGCAAGAAAUAUACGAAGCGUAUGUUUGCUUUCUACGCCGGUGCGAAGAAUAUUUCCUGUGUCAGUAUCUGCCACCACCGGACAUUCAUAGUGUGGGAGAGCACAUAAAUCUGGAGAUAGAGCUAUAUUUGAAUAACGUCAAUGAUCACAAAGAGAAGCACCUUAGAAAACUAAUUUUCGAGUGUCUACUUAAACGAGAAACGUGUAUCACUGGAUGCGAUAAUAUGGAUGAAAUCGAUCUGUUAGAACUCGGAAGCUAUACUGAACUGCAAGGAGGAAACAUUGUGUUGCCAUCGGGAUACAGUUCUAUUUUGAAGCCUCUUUGUGAUACAUUGCCGAAUGACAGCAUUGUCCUUUCAUGCCCGGUCAAGACAAUUCACUGGAAACGGAAAAGCCGACCAUCGAAAACCAAUGACCAUACCGAUACAAUCCUCGAAGAGGAUGAAGAUGAUAUUGACUCGGACGAUUCCGACAAAACAGUAACCGAAGUACCAACUGGCGACAACGUCGGUACUAGUGAUACGUGUGAAAUUAGCUUAAAGCACUGUACGUCAAACGUUCAAAUUGUGUGCGAAAAUGGCACGGUUUAUGAAGCGGACCACGUGAUCUGUACUAUCCCGCUAGGGGUGUUGAAGGAGUGCGGUCAGACAAUGUUCCUGCCCAGUCUACCACAAUACAAGCUGGAAUCAAUCGAUUCCCUACUGUACGGAACUGUAGAUAAAAUCAUUCUAGAGUACGAUAGGCCUUUCCUGAAUGCUAAAAUCAGUGAAAUCAUGUUCCUCUGGGAGCAAGUCGAUCCCGAUCCGGACGUCGACCAGGAAGAAUACAUUAAGCUGAAUUGGUUCAAAAAGAUUUAUUCCUUCUCCAAGGUGUCCGACACGCUGCUGCUGGGUUGGAUCUCCGGGAAGGAAGCGGCCUACAUGGAGAGUAUUUCGCACGAAGUGGUAGCCGAAAAGUGUACCGAAAUCCUGCGAAGAUUCCUCAAAGACCCGUUCAUUCCCAAACCAAAGCGAUGUGUGUGUACCAGCUGGAACAAACAGCCGUAUAGUCGUGGUUCGUACACUGCUAUUGCGGUCGGUGCGUCUCAGGACGACAUCGAAAACAUUGCCCAGCCGCUGUAUACUAGUCCACAUCAGGCCAAGCCAUCGGUGCUUUUUGCCGGCGAGCAUACGCACUCCAACUUCUACUCGACGGUUCACGGUGCAUACCUGAGUGGCCGAACGGCGGCUCAGAUUCUGCUGACGCCGGACUCACCGCAGGAGAUUGUGAUGGAAUCGGACAGCAGUGAUCUCAGUUCGUGGAUCCAGGGCAUCGCCUUAGAGUAGUAAGACCGUCGCUUUUAAUUUGUGUUUUCCUAAUUUAUUAUAAUUUUAGCACUUGUUUUGUGUUCAGGUUCCCGUUUUUCUCGGUUUCUCUCUGUUUCUUGGCAUUUAACAGUUUUUCUGUUUUGUUUUUUAUGUUGUUGUUAUACAUCAAGGAACUCCUGUUCGUACAUUUACGUAUGUUUCAUAAACUGCAUACGCCUGUUUGUGCUUCAAAAUUUUGAGGGCAAAUAAAGCUAGACUGACAUUAUAGAAUUAAUGCACACAAAAAAUGAAAUGUCGAGCACGAUCAAUGUUGUGUAUCCUAAGGGUAAGAUACAGAGAACCAGAUUCAAGUACAAUCAAUGUGAGAGUGGUCUCAUUUUAGAAUUAAUCUAGAGCAGUACUCUGAAUUCAACUGAAAUUUUACCUUUCGAUCAAAUGUAGCCACAAUCGCAGACAGAAAAACCUUUAAUGGACGAGACGACAAGUGACAAGUAACUUUUAUUCUUCGUGGAAACAAAAAAAAAAACAAAAUCCACGUUGAACACGUUUUCAUCUCGAAUGUAUAGGGUUUACCUGUUGUAGCGGCUGUGCGGUUAACGUUUGAGACUCUCGCACGUAAUAUGAGCUGGCAUGUGAUUAAGCUUGUAUAUAUGUUCUCUGUAAUUACAAUUAGGACCUACCAUACUUUUUUCUGAUUAAACACGCCUUGGAAUCGACACAGCAGCCAAAAAGACAGUGACAGUGGUAGUACACAGAAACUACCAAACUUACAAACCAAAUGAUAUAUCAUUAGGCAUUGAAGUAUUUACAAUUCCCAGUUGUUUUGAUCCCACAAGACUCUACAAAGCGAGCCAAUGUAAUCUGUGUCCUAUUGCAAGAGCCUUAUUUCCCAUUGUGCUUGAAAGUUCUUUUCAAUAUACACUUCUUUGAAUUCCAAACCCAGCAUUAUUAAAAUAUUCCUUAGUUCGUCUUUUUACGAUUGUUUCUAGUCCACCUUUUUGUGUUAUACACAGUGUUGAGCUUUUAGUUAUUUAGUUUUACUGCUUAAAUCACUUACAAAAUAAUAGUUAAUAUGCAUUUAGUGCAAUAAAACAGUUCGUUACGAUGGAACAACUUGAGCCCAAAAUAAACACGUAAGAAUGCAUACAAUAUGUAUAGAAAUUGGCGCUGACCGAAUAUUUCACUAUGAGUUUUGACAAGUUACUCCUAAGAUACCUUACCUAUCGUGCAUCAAGCAUUUCAAGUAUAGUUAGAAUAAAUGCUUCAUUUUGAUUAUAGUUCGAACGAACAAUUCAACGCGUUUCCACAGGUUUCUCAGGAACAACUUGUCAAAAUUUGCAACCUAUCGGAUCAUCCAAUCCAAAAUCCAAUUCCAGCACACAUAUACGGGGAGUUUAUUGUCCCAGCAAUUGCAACUAUUGUUUAGCACUAGUGAAAGUUGAUCGGCGAUUCAUUGCCUGAAUUAUAUAGGAUUUCAAUAGGAAAUGGCGUUGUUAAGGCGUUCAGGAAUUUUUGUGUACUGUACAGAAAGCAGCGAAGAUUCAACCAAAAACAAGGACAUAAAAGUAUUUUGCUAGCAAUGAAAAUUUGGAAAAUAAUCAAGUCUAAAUAAAAGCGAAUAAAACAUUUA